GGAAGGGAGGAAAGGGGGCGGCAGGCGAGCGUUCACAAUGCAACAUGGCCCGGGAGCGGCGCCGGCGGGCAGAGAAGCAGCAGCAGAGGCAUCCUGGGCGUCCCGGGGCCUGUGAGGAGGGGCUGCUCCCCGCCGCGCCGCCCUCCUCCUCCUCUUCCUCCACCUCCUCUUCCUCCUCCGCCUUCUCCUGCUUCGCCUCGACGCUUCUCCUUCCCGGCCAUCCCCGCUGAGCGCCCGAGGCACCGCCCGAGAUGGGGCUCUGCUACAGCCUCCGCCCGCGGCUCUUCGGAGAAGGAGGAGGCGGCGGUGGGAGCAGCGGUGGCGGCGGCGGCCGGUCAUCCAUCUCCAGCAGCAGCGCCGCCGCCGCUGCUGCCGAGAGCGAGCCGCCUCAGCCGCCCUCCCCACUGCCCAAAGCCAAGAGAGAUGAGGAAGGCGGGAAACGAGCAACAGCAGCAGCAGCUGCAGACGGGCCUCGGCUGCUCCUUCAGAACGGCGGCGAGGGGAAAGCGGAGCCAGCCUCAGCCUCGUCCUCGGGGGGAGCUCCCACUCUGCAGCUCCUGCCCCCGCCUCCUCGGGAGAAAGGAGGGCGCCCCCCGGAGGAGCGCGAGGCCGAGAAGGAGGCGCGGCGCGUGAGCCGGAGCAUCGACCGCGCGCUGCGGGAGCAGAAGCGCGAGUACAAGCAGACGCACCGCCUGCUGCUCCUGGGAGCUGGUGAGUCAGGAAAAAGCACUAUUGUCAAGCAAAUGAGGAUCUUGCAUGUAAACGGAUUUAAUUCAGAAGAGAAGAAACAGAAAAUUCUGGAUAUUCGGAAAAAUGUAAAAGAUGCGAUUGUGACUAUAGUUUCAGCAAUGAGCACUUUAAUACCUCCAGUUCCAUUGGCCAACCAAGAAAACCAAUUCCGAGCUGACUACAUCAAGAGUAUAGCCCCACUUUCGGACUUUGAAUAUACCCAGGAAUUCUUUGAACAUGCAAAAAAGCUCUGGGAUGACGAAGGAGUAAAGGCGUGUUUUGAAAGAUCGAAUGAAUACCAGUUGAUUGAUUGUGCACAAUACUUUUUAGAAAGAAUAGACAGUGUCAGUAUGCCUGACUACACACCAACGGAUCAGGAUCUUUUAAGAUGCAGGGUUUUGACAUCUGGGAUUUUUGAGACAAGAUUCCAAGUAGAUAAAGUAAACUUUCACAUGUUUGAUGUAGGUGGUCAGAGAGAUGAAAGAAGAAAAUGGAUCCAAUGUUUUAAUGAUGUCACAGCUAUUAUAUUCGUUGUGGCCUGUAGCAGCUACAACAUGGUCAUAAGGGAAGACAAUAACACCAACAGAUUACGGGAGUCUCUGGAUCUCUUCAAAAGUAUCUGGAACAACAGGUGGUUACGGACAAUUUCAAUCAUUUUGUUUCUGAACAAACAAGACAUGCUGGCUGAAAAAGUCUUGGCAGGGAAGUCUAAAAUUGAAGACUAUUUUCCUGAAUUUGCACGAUACACAGUACCUGAAGAUGCAACACCAGAUGCAGGAGAAGACCCCAAAGUUACAAGAGCAAAAUUUUUUAUCCGGGAUGAAUUUUUAAGAAUAAGCACGGCAACCGGAGAUGGGAAGCACUACUGCUACCCUCACUUCACAUGUGCAGUUGACACAGAAAACAUCCGCAGAGUGUUCAACGACUGUAGAGACAUCAUUCAGAGAAUGCAUCUUCGCCAGUACGAACUAUUGUAACUAAAAAAAAAAACACCAUGGAGCCUGUGGUUUUAAACAUUUUCUUUCUAGAUUUCCUCACGUGAAGUAGAGGAAGAUACUACAUAGAUACAUCUGCCUCCUCAGUUUGUUUACUUUGACUAGCCUUUCAACCCAGUCCAUGCUUUAGGGGACAAUGUGUGUGCUGUAAUUUUUUAUAUGCCACUUCUUUGUCAUUCCACUAAGGCCUUUGGCUACCUCUGUUUCCUUCAGUUUGGUUGCAUUUUUGUUUAUUUAUAAUUGGGCACAGCCUGCUAAUUUUUGUUCAGCAGGUUUGUUGGUUCAAGCCAGUAUCUGCUAGCUGGGUGACACCAUGGCAUACCUAUCGUGUGUGUGGGUUCCUUUUCUACCAUGACGCUGAAGAGUACUUGAUGGAUGGGGAGGAAAAAAGAAUAAUGCACUUUGUUUCAGGGUUAUGAAGUACUGCUGAGGAUGUAUACAAGAGAUGUAGCAGCAUCACAAUAUUUAUUAUUACACUGUCGGAAUUUUCUAACAUAACUUGAGUUGCAGGUCAACGGGUGAAGUGACCUCCUCUUUUUAAAGCCAUUCUUGGCACAGGAGAUAGAGUAGAUGAGGCACGGGGAAGAGAAGCAAUUUUUUUCUGGAGGUCUGGAGCAAGGAGUCUCUACACACCUCAGGCAUUUGAAUUUAGAGCUACUUUUUUCCGCCUAUGGCACCUAGGCAGAAAAAUCCACCCUCACUUACAUUGUUUCUUCUGUCCACAAAUGACCAAAUUCGUUUAGAUCAUUUUUGGGCAACAGUCUUCUCCCUAUAUAUAUAUAAAUAUAUAUACAUAAUAUAUAUAUUUUUUGUUUUAUUGCUGGUUUAUUAUAUUGUACAGACUGUAAAGUGUAAUAUUAUUUUGUACACUUUUAUUGAAGAAAAAUACUUGUAGAAGAUCUUUGUGCCUUGAUUAUGGCUGUACCUGUAAAAUGAGCUAAGAUGUAAGUAUGUUUUUGAUUGCGCUGUACAGCUUGAUGUCAACUUUACCUACAGCAGAGACUGGCGGGUAAAAAAAACUUCUCUGUAGAGUUUAGGGGUUUUCCGAUUUAUAUAAAAAGAAAUGCUCUUUAGUAUAAAAAAAAUUAUAAAUUAUGCAAAGUUAGUCAUUUACCUUUCCAAGUAAAUUAUUGCUGCUACCAGAGAUAUUGCAGCAACAUGCCUUUCUCUCAGUCUCAGCUUUAAAAACAUGGAAAUUUAUUCAUGUGUCCAAAUUGCAACCUGGCGUUGUUUUAUGGGAAUCAAGGAUCUUGUUUUACCUUUAAUAACUCUAUUCAGUAAUCCUUUGGUCAUUCAUAGACCCUUCACAAUGGAACCGAUUGUGAAACCUGUAGAAGCACCACUACGUAAAGGCUCUUCGAUCUUUGUUGCAAUGGCCGCUUUCAUUGUGCACACUGAAGGAAAGAAGAAAAGGUGUAACCCUUUGUGUCUGGCCCAAAAGAGAAUUACAAGACGACCCUUUUAUUUCUCUUAAUAAAGAGACCUUAGAAAAA